UGUCGAUUCGAUCAGUCCUUUCUAAUUCUGUAAUUGUUGGCUAAAUUGUCUUCUUGAUUAAGGGGCCAUUAGUCUUCCAUAAAUAAACGAAAAAUGGGCCACUAGUCUAAUAAUCAUUUUUGCUGCGGAAAAGGGACUGAUGUGAGACGCACCAGAUCCCCGGGCUCUCCAUGGAGCACAUUGACGUGGAUUCCGCUCCCAAGCGGGCGAAGCUCGCCGGCGGCGGAAACGAGGACCGCCUCAGCGCGCUCCCCGACGACGUUCUUCUCGACGUCCUUCUCAAGACCCGGAACGCCGCCGACGCCGCUCGGACCAGCAUCCUCUCCAGCCGCUGGCGCCUCCUCUGGGCCUUUCUCCCGGAGCUCCACUUUUCAGACGGCAUCGACCCUCGCCGCAUACGCCCCGCCCUCGCCGCCCAUGAAGCGCCGGACCUCCGCUGCCUAGUCGCCAUCGUCCGUGGCGCCUCCCCCAAAUCCAUGGCGGCCUGGCUCCCCGUCGCCGUGCGCCGCCUCUCCGGCGAUCUCGUCUUUCACAACACGACGAGUUGCGGGGAGUGGGGAAGAGGCGCCUUUCAGUUGCCAUGCUUCGAGAACGCCACCGCCCUCAGCCUCGACCUGGGCUUUCUUGUCCUCGCCAUGCCGGCUUCUGGUGUAUUCGUCCGGCUCACCGAUCUCUCCCUGGUUUAUGUCCAGCUAAAUCGUGUGAACCGGCUUGGUGACGCCAUCUCGUCGCCGCGGUGCCCAGCCUUGCGGAAACUCACCGUUAGCCAUGCCCGAGGUCUGCCUACAUUCAUCAUCCACUCAGAGUCUCUACUCCAACUGAAGCUGAGUAAUCUGCAUACUUUAAAGAAGCUAACUGUAGUGGCUCCUGCACUUGAAGAGCUAACUCUGAGCUCCUGCCUUGCUAGUGUUAUGGAUCCAAGCCAACUGGUUGUCAACAUUUCAGCUCCUGAGCUGUUGGUGCUCAAGUGGAAGGAUACUUACGAUCCAAGCUUUUUCGAGCUUGGCGAGAUGGCGCAUCUUCAGUGUCUGGACAUUGGCACUUUGGUUGUAUAUGGAUCUGGUAAAUUUGUGUACAGUCCCGAUAGCCGGAUACUCUUGCAGUGCUGUGAGGCCAUACACAAGCUAAACCUCAAAGUGGUCCAUCUGUCACGCAUGGUUUACAAUCAACACUUAUCGGAAGACAUGACAAGGCUCCCAGAAGUUACAUUCCUGAACCUGGUGGUAACGGCAUUGUCGCAUUCCUUUGGAGCCUGCUUAUUCAAUAUUCUCAGGAUGUGCACUAGUGUAAUAAAGCUUGCAAUUGAUAUGUCUUGCAACUAUGAAGAGGAAUGCCCAUCUGAUUGUUUUUGUGACCAUCCACCAAACUGGAAAUUCAAGGAUCUCAUACUGGAUCGCCUCCAAGAGGUAGACAUCAUCAACUCAGGAGGAACUGGACAUGAAGUUGCUUUCCUGGAGCGGUUAUUCAGCUGGGCAACGGCGCUAGAACAGAUUACAGUAACUUUCGAUGAGACAAUCACUGAAAGCAUGGCCAUGAAGGAGUUCCGCCAGAAGUUACUAAGCUUCUCCAGGCCAGAGAUAUGCAUGAGAUUCUUUGUGUACCGCGGUUCCGAGAAGGUUCUGUAUGUGCCAGAAGGCUAGCUCGGCACUGGCUUGUCACUUGCACUGUCUACCGUAGUUUUCUUCUUGGUAUAAGCUGUGUUCUAUGCGCAACACCGAGAUGCUAGAUUUUGGAAUGUUGCAAUGCCAUCAUCGUCAUCAUGCGUACAUGCAAACCUGGAGCAAAAAAUGUGACAUUUUGUACACUGGAGGUUCAGAAAUAUCAACCAUACCUUUCUGAAAAAAAAAGAUCAAUCGGGUUAUGCAAUUUGUUACCCUUUUACAGCAGAAAAAGUGAUGUCACUUUUGCCACAAAAUUCUAUUUCUCGUAUUGUCGCCAAAAACUAUUUACUCAGAUUUAUCAAAACAUUCAAAUAUGCCUUUGUCAGAUUUAUUGUAACUUCGAAA